AUGGAGCCUUCCGCGGAAACGCCCUCCCACCGUCGUCCCAGCUUCGGCAGUCUCCUCCGGCGCACCAAGAGCGGCGACAUGGGCAAGAAGGCUCAGGCUGCCCGCGAAGCCGAAGCCGAGCGCCAGCGCCAGCGUCGCCCACCUCGCCUUCCCGAUUUUGCCAACACCGGCGGCCAACAACUAUCCAAGGCCCUUAGCACCCAGCUGCGUCUCGAUCCCGAUCACUUCUCAUCCAACGGCUCCCAAGUGCCCUACAACGGGCCAAACCACUUCAACGCUGGCCGCCACGACGCCUCAUUCGGCACCAUCGCCAGCUCCCGCAGCUACACCACUGCUGCCUCCCCGCCACCCAUCCCCGGCGUUCACCACCCCGUCCAGCAGCCGCCAUUUGAUCCCUACGCUGCCACCGAGAGCAUGACGCAUCGCGGCAGGUACAGCUACGCCAGCAGUGCCAUCAGCACGGUCAACAGCCCUAGAAGGGUGCGUCGUCGCAAGGACCCUACUCCUUUCAAUGUUCUUGUCAUUGGAGCCAAAGACUCGGGAAAAACUUCGUUUCUCGAGUUCCUCAAAAUCGCGCUCGCCUUGCCUCCCAGGCGCCGCCCCAGGAAGCAGGAACAGCCCGAGUAUCAGGCCCCGCUGCCUGCUGAGGGCAACUUUGUUCCCCACUAUCUCGAGACCGAAAUCGAUGGCGAGAGCGUUGGCCUGACCAUUUGGGAUUCCGAAGGCCUCGAGAAAAAUGUCGUCGAUCUUCAACUCCGAGAAAUGACGGCCUUCAUCGAAAGCAAAUUUGAUCAGACCUUUGCAGAAGAAAUGAAGGUGGUGCGCUCCCCUGGCGUGCAGGACACCCACAUUCACGCCGUCUUUCUCAUGCUCGAUCCCGCCCACAUCGAUCGCAAUAUCGCCAGCGCUCGUAAGACCCAGUUGCACGCCGAUGGCCACCAAAAUGGGUUCCGCUCCGACAUUGCCAAAAUUACCGGUGCUCUCGACCACGACAUGGAUCUCCAGGUCUUGCGUUCGCUUCAUAGGAAGACGACCGUGAUUCCCGUCGUUGGAAAAGCCGACACCAUCACGACCAAGCAUAUGAACGUCCUCAAGCGCGCCGUUUGGGACAGCAUCCGCAAAAACGGCCUCGACCCACUCGAAACUCUCGGUCUCGAAGACGAUUCCAACAGCAUUAUUAACGAAGAAGACGAAGAUCUCGAUGUUGAUUCCGAUACAUUGCCUCAGGAGAAUGGCGGCGAUUCCGACACGACGCCUGAAUUCAGCCCCGUCAAGCGCUCCCCUGGCAAACGAGUCUCGUCACAGAGCAUGAUUCGUCACAAGGCCUCGCAGGAAAACAAGGAGGAGGAGCUGCCAUUUUUGCCCCUCUCGACCAUCAGCCCCGACUUGUACGAGCCCAGCGUUGUCGGUCGCCAAUUCCCCUGGGGCUUUGCUGACCCCUACAACGAGACGCACUGCGACUUCCAGCGCCUCAAGGAGGCCGUCUUUAGUGAAUGGCGCACCGAUCUGCGCGAGGCCAGCAAGGAGCAGUGGUAUGAAGGCUGGCGAACAAACAAGCUCAAACACCGCGAAAACUCGUACCGUCGUCGUUAG